AUGGCGGAUCCUGGGGAAACGAGACUUGCUAAGCGGCAGAAGCUCCUUGCUUGCCAGCGCUGCCGCUACCGCAAGCAAAAGUGUACCGAGGAGCGGCCUUGUGAGAAUUGUAUCCAGUCAGGCACUCAGUCAGCAUCCUCGAAACUAGCAUUGGAGCCAGACUACGUCCAACGCUUGGAGGAACGUGUUGCACAAUUAGAAUCCCUUGUCCCGCAGGAAAGUCUCGAUCAUAUUCACACCAGACCCCCGGAUGAACCGGCUACAUCGAGAAUAAGGACGACACCGAACGACAACAGCCCCGGACGACAUCUGCAGGGCCCUGGCUCCGCCCAUAGCCGCGAUGACGACCAUCGGACUAGGUCCAGCCGGCUAGAGUGGCCUAGCAAUCAAGAAUUCUCCUUGAUCAAUUCUAACCUAAUGCCUACAGCCCAGAGCACUCUAGAUAGCCUCGGUUCCCACUUAUUCGAGGCCAUCACAGGAAUUCCAACCCAACACGCGCGACGAGAAGAGCCAACGCCCGAAGCAUUGGAUCUAGACUCAGACCUAGAGCGCUUUCUCAUCCAGACAUACUUCGAGAUGGCGCAUUCGCAGUAUCCCUUGCUCCUCAGACACGAAUUUCUAGGUUGGGCCGACUCAUGGAGGCGCGGUAAAAGAGCCUGCCCGCCAGAAGAGCAGUGGAAGGGUUUCAUGGUCUACUCGAUCGCAUUUCUCAUGGCCAAGCGACGCAUUAAUGGCCCUAUGAGGUCCGAGCACCGCAGGAGAGUAUUCUGGUGUGCCUAUGGCAUCGAUCGUGCCAUUUGCAGCACAUAUGAUCUUCCAAGUUGCAUCUCAGAUAGCUAUAUCACUGUCCCCAUAUUCGAUAACAUCGAUGACAACACGCUCCUUGACAUAAGUACAUCCACAGAGUCACAAAGCAUCGAGCCUGUGACGUCGCCAACCAAUGUCUCACCGGCCCUUUAUGUACUUGUCGGCCGCCAAAUUGAGUCGGAGAUCCAGGACAUGAUGCUGCAUAAGGACUACAGCGAACACUCGGACGCCGUAAGCGCUUGGCGCGUACAAAUCAGCGAGAGGCUCAAGGAAUGGGACCGGGAUUCUGCCGCUCUGUCACACCCAUCGCAGACGGGCUACACGAGCUCGCGAUGGCUGAAGAUGAUCUACUACUACAACAUCGUCACGCUCUACCGGCCCACGCGAGGUAUGGCGCAAGGUGUCGCUGGCGACUUGUCGGUGCAAGCCUGCUGUCAUGCGCUCCUCUUGUUCCGGAGGUUCCAGAUGGCAAGGGAGAUUGCAAAGCCAUGGCUUGGGAUCGGAGUCACUCUGCUCUACUGCUUCUAUGCCACGCCGAUUGCUCUCUGGCGACCAUCGUACAAGUCCGCUGAUGUCCCCGAUGCCAUCCGUGCUUGCUCAAGCACGCUUGCCAUUAUGGCCGACCGGUGGACCGAGGCCGAGUGCCUGCGAGACGUCUUUGACAUUCUGGCGCGCGAGCUGAUGAGUGCCGCUGGGCGCAGGAACAUCCUUGAGGAGAACUGGCAGCAGAUGAGCGAGAUCGUGAUCCAUAGGUCGACUUUGAGGAUGAUUCGUGAGAUGGCGACCGAGUGCUUCGUGUCUGAGGUAGAGCUUGGUAACUACGAGCAGCUACACCCCGACGCUGGUCUGGAUGCAGAAGCUGCCGUAUUGCUCAUCGACGCAAUGGACCUUCAAUGGGUGAAUGCUGCACACCCACCGCCGCUGGAAAUGGGGCAGGGUUUUAGCUACUUUCAGCUGUAA